AUAUAGGUUGGCAACGUGAAAUAGACGCAUAUGAUUGGUGGAAUGUUAUCUCUCCAGUCCAACAACCAAUCAUGUGCUAUCAUUAUUAUCAUUCACUGUGACCAACCAAAGUAUUUAGUAGAAAAAAUGUUUAGGGGUGCUCGAUAUUUCUGGGCACUCUGUAUAUUCUAAGUAGGUAUCAGGAACAUUUUUGAACAACAAACAAGACCAACUCAAAAGAUCUUGCAAAAAUGCAUUACCUACUAGCCAAAAUUUCAGAUGCUAAGUGCAUUUUUUAAUUUUUGGCGAAUUUUCAAAAAUCAAAUUCGAGUCAAAAAUGGGGAAAAAAUUAAAAUUCUACGAAAUUGAUCGAGAAAGGGAAAACUUGCCAAGUAGGUACUUUUUUUCGAGCCACCAAAUCGAUUGAAAAAAUCUUUGAACCGUUUUGAAAAGUUUUGGAGCCUUCAACAAAUUUUUGAAAAUUGAAAUUUCUGCAUAAUUUUACACAAUGAAGUUGAAAAUCUGAAAUUUCCAAAAUAUAACUGGUGGCUCUAAAAAAGCUCGAAACCACCUGCAAUCGACUCGGCCUGUUGAAAUUAGCAUAUAAAGGCACCCUUUCAUCGUUAUGGUAAUUGGGCAAGUUUCCUUCUUUUUUUUUCUAUUGGAAAUUCCAACUCUAAAAAAUAAGCUAAAGGCUGCACAGCUGCUCAAAACGUUUCUAAACAGUUUUCAAUCGAUUAGGAAGGGGGUCAGAAAUAAAUAGGGUGAGUACCUACAUAACAAUUUCAGCUUUCUGGAUCGAUUUGGUGACAUUUCAAUUUUUUCCUCAUUUUUGAAAACUCUUUGAUUUUCAAAGAUUCAUCGAAAAAAACUAUGAAUGCAUUUUAAUAAUUAUUAUUGAAACUUUUAGUGAUAGUCUAUUUUCCGCAUACCCCUUUAAUUUAGCUUCAGCAAAUGUUUCUACCAGAUAGGUUACAUAUGUAUGUAGAUACCUUGUUAGUAGGUGUGUACCGAAUUUGAUUGGUAAUUUUAUGAAUCAGAUAUGCAGAAAACUUUUGAAAAUAUAAUGGAAUCUCAUCGUCGUUUACUUUUCUGGCUGGGUCCUUUUCCUAUUAUUGCUUUAAAAAAAUACGACGAUAUUAUAGCUAUAUCAAACCAGACUCAAGAUCGUGACAACUUUCUUAACUUUGCAAAUGAAUGGCUUGGCACUGGAUUACUCAAUGCUAACUACGACGAAUGGAAAAAAUCGAGAAAAAUUCUCGCUCCAGCUUUCAGUUCACUUAUGCUCUCGAGAUACGUGGAUGUUUUCAAGAAAAAAGCUUCACUUCUUGUAGACUCCUUGGAGCCGGCAGCAGCUUCUGGCCAAGAAUUUGACUGCCGAGAUACUUUGAUAAAAAUCAAUGUUGAUACAAUUGUAGAAAACACAAUCGGUGUACCAAUAAAUGGCACAGGAGAGGAAGGAAAACAAUUUGCUCAUGCUGUGGCCCAGGCAUUUCAUAGCAUAAUGAAGCGCAUGACAACACCUUGGUUGUAUCCACGUUUGGUUUAUAAAACGUAUUUAAAACUAACAGGAAAAGAAAAUGUUAUCCAGCAAUAUCGUAAUUUUCCUGCUAAGAUACUAAAAGAGGAACUGAAUAAUAAGGAAAACCAAAAAAAUUUAGAAGAAAAUAACAAUUCUUUGAAAACAAUUAUCAGUUUACUGGUUAAAGGAAGCCUGCAAGAGCCAACUUUCACUGAAACACGCAUGAGAGAUGAGCUGCUACAUAUAAUGAUUGCAGCUAGUGAAACUACAUCAUUAAAUGUGGGAUUUACUCUUCUAAUGCUGGCCAUGCAUCAAGAUAUUCAACAAAAAGUUUAUGAAGAAAUCUGUGAACUUUUCAAAGACAACGACGACGCUCUUACUGCGGAUCAUUUAUUCCAUCAAUUGAAAUAUUUGGAACAAUGUAUCAAAGAAACGUCAAGAAAAUAUACUCAUGCAACCGUUAAUCUAAGACGAACUCAUAAAGAAUGCAUAUUAGCAGACAAUACGAUUAUACCAGCUAAUAUCAUUGUCAUACCGCUUAUUCAUCUUGCCAACCAGGAUCCCGAGUUGUAUAAAAAUCCACAUAAAUGGGAUCCGGAACACUUUAGCGAUGAAGCUGUGAAAAAUCGACCUAAAGGUAGUUUCAUGAGUUUUGGGUAUGGACCACGAUCGUGUAUAGGGGAUAGAUAUGCCAUAAUGUCAAUCAAGACUCAAAUCGUGUAUAUUAUACGAAAAUAUCAUCUAUCUACGAAUAUAAAAGAACUGACAAGAGAUCACUUGACAACACAUUUAGCUAUGCUAUAGGAAGUAAAAUUGGUUAUCCUAUAAAAUUUACAAAGAGAAUGCCAUAAUUAUUUUCUAUCUUCUUUUCCCUUUUAGUAUUUUCUUCUUUUUUUAA